AUGGAUAGGUACCAGAGCUGGCAGCAGAGCUGUUUGAAUGCCAUCCUCCUUGUGCUGCUGUGGACUGGCAUUUCCCAUGCACAGAGGGACUGCACGGGCACAGAGUGCCAGCCCCUGGACAACUGCAUCGAGGAUGUGCUGGAGCCUGGCGAGUGCUGUGCUACAUGUCUGCAGCAUGGCUGCACAUGCGAAGGCUACCAGUACUACGACUGCGUCAAUGUGGGCUUUAUCAAUGGCAAAGUACCCGAAGGGCAGUCUUACUUUGUGGACUUUGGAAGCACUGAGUGCUCAUGCCCCAAGGGAGGAGGCAAGAUCAGCUGCCAGUUCAUGCUGUGUCCAGAGCUGCCCCCAAACUGCAUCGACGCGGUGGUGCCAGCUGAUGGGUGCCCUCAGUGUGGGAGAAUAGGUUGCCUCCACGAGGGCCAGAAGUACGUAGCAGGGCACACUUUCCACAUGCCCCCCUGCAAGGUUUGCCAUUGCCCGAACGCUGGUGGUGAGCUGAUGUGCUACCAGCUUCCAGACUGUAACACGUUUGCCUUAAACACAGCAAGCCCAAUAGAUGCUGAAGAUAGCGAGCCAGAGAGGCACUAUGACGACCCCUACAGCUAUGACCAGGAGGCACCAGAAGGAGACAACACCCAGGUGGAGUCGCCAAAGAAAUACAGGACUUAUUCGUCCCACCUUGAGCAAGAGAGCAUCAGCCAAGAGCAAAGCGAGGAUUAUGACUACCUACCAGCCAGCAUUGCUCCUUCAGUUUUGGCUCCUGCUGAUCUGUACACCGAGGAGAUGGCUGUGCCACUCACCACGCCAGUGUCUAAGGUCCCCUCUGAAAUUCGCAGUGCCACAGAAAGAAGUGAACGGAAGAGGGUGCCCCGCACCACUGCAGCAUCCCUUCAGCAAGUGACGCAUAAGGAAACACCAGUGACCACCAGUGCCCCUCCAGAGCACACAACGGCCACCACUGAGGCACCCAAACCCCUGGAGGAGUUGGAGAGGAGACCAAAGGGGAAGCAAGGGGACAAAGAGAGGCAUGAGCAAGAAAAAGCCCCCCACUCUAAAAUGAAAAAGACUGCCAGAAAAGAAGAGCCUGGGAACAGCAUGUAUCUAGGCUUGAAAGAGGUGAAUUUAACAGAGCCGAGCUGGUCAAAAUCUUCCCAUGAAACGCAUGAGGGAAGUGCUUUCCCCAAGGUAAAGUUCAGUGCAACAGCCUCUCCUCCUGUGGCUCUAAAGGAAGACCAUAGUCAGUCAUCCCAAAAACAGUCACAGACGCUUUAUCGUUACCAUCCCGAGGAAGAUGGGGACCCCAACUCUAUUCAUGCUAACCCCAGGUUACCAGAAGGUUCCACAAAGGAAUUGAUUGAGAGCUGCUGUGGAGCUGGACAACAGUGGGCUAUAGACAACGGGGAGUGCACAGAAAUCCCUGUAAGUGGAAUGGAUGGUGAUAUUUGCAGAAUUGCUCAGAAGCAGUGUUGCGUCUCCACCGUAAAGGAAAACAGCUGCCUGGCUGGCAUGAUUGCCGCCAAGGAAGGAGAUGUGUGUGGACUGGAGGAAAGCGAUCCCUGUGCAGGAUCGUCAUAUAAGCAAUGCUGCGAUUGCUGUAAUCUGGGCCUGCGAUUAAGGAGUGAGGGGAAAACCUGUGAGUCCAACAUAAAUCUGGGCUACCCCUGCAGUCAUGUGAUGCUGUCCUGUUGUGAAGGGGGCGAUCACUUUAUCCAUCCAGAAAUAAAAAGGCAUCCUGAACCUUUGCCAACAGUGACACCUGAGAAGGUUUCAGAGAUGGAAGAUCACAAUGAAGCUUUGUCCAUCAGCAACGAAGCUGAACUGUCAAAUAACCUGCCUGGAGAUGACUUGGAUGAAUGCCUUCUCUAUGGUGGGGAACUUUGUCAGCAUUUGUGUGUAAACACUGUGGGGUCCUACAAGUGUUCGUGUUUUCCAGAAUUCACUUUGCAAGAUGAUGGAACCAGCUGCUCUCCAGAUCCCGACAGAGGACAGGUGACAAGGCUGGAAGCAGAAGCCACCAUCCCUCCAGCAGCCUCUCCUUCUCAGCCUCUUCUCAUCAUGUCCUUACAAGAAGAGCAGGAUAAGUGUAAAGAUAAUGGCCCCUGCAAGCACAUCUGCAAUAUCGCAGAGGGAAAUGUUGUAUGCUCUUGUUUGUCUGGAUAUACUAUCAUGGCUGAUGGGAUUUCUUGUGAAGACAUUAACGAGUGUGUAACAGAUACUCACACCUGCCAGCAGAGAGAGUACUGUGUCAACACGAUGGGAUCAUUCAAAUGUCUCCAGGAAUCGAGCUGUCAGCCGGGUUAUGAACUCAGGGAUGGAGAAUGCGUUGAUAUUGAUGAAUGUGAGAGAGGAACUCAUAGUUGUAAGGUAAACUUCAUUUGUCAGAAUACUGAAGGAUCAUUCUACUGUGAGUCAAAGCAGCGCUGCAUGGAUGGAUUUUUACAAGACCCCGAGGGAAACUGUGUUGAUAUUAAUGAAUGCACAUCUCUCCCUGAGCCAUGUAAACCAGGAUUCAACUGCAUCAAUACUGUUGGGUCUUACACUUGCCAAAGGAACAUGCUGACAUGCAGCAGAGGCUACCACUCCAAUGAGGAGGGAACCCGAUGCAUUGAUGUGGAUGAAUGUCAAACUGGCGUACAUCGUUGCAGCGAAGGGCAGAUUUGUCAUAAUCUUCCUGGGGCUUAUCGCUGUGACUGCAAGAUGGGAUAUCAGUACGAUGCGUUCAGCAGAAGCUGCAUUGAUAUAAAUGAGUGCUGGAAUUACCCUGGACGCCUGUGUCAGCACACCUGUGAGAACACCCCUGGGUCCUACCAUUGCACUUGUUCUUCUGGUUUCCGCUUGUCUUAUGAUGGGAAGCAUUGUGAAGAUGUGAACGAAUGCGAUACUAGUCCCUGCAGCCAAGAGUGUGCCAAUGUUUAUGGUUCCUAUCAGUGUUACUGCAGGCAAGGCUUCCAGCUAGCAGAAGAUGGACAUUCUUGUAAAGAUAUCGAUGAGUGCACACAGAGUGCAGGCAUUCUCUGUACUUUCCGCUGCGUGAAUGUUCCUGGUAGUUAUCAGUGUGCUUGUCCUGAGCAGGGAUAUACCAUGGCAGCAAAUGGAAGAACCUGUCGAGAUAUCGAUGAGUGUGCAAUAGGAACCCAUAACUGCUCAGCUGCAGAGACUUGCUAUAACAUCCAGGGCAGCUUCCGCUGCUUGUCCUUUGAGUGCCCUUCCAACUACAGAAAAGUAUCUGACAUGAGGUGUGAACGAAUCAGUUGUUUUAAUUACCUGGACUGCCAAAAUACCCCGGUGCGCAUUACUUAUUACCAGCUGAACUUCCAAACCAACAUCGUGGUCCCAGCUCAUAUUUUCCGUAUUGGACCAUCGCCUGCCUAUGCUGGAGACAACAUAAUCCUUACGAUCAACAAGGGAAAUGAAGAAAACUACUUCAGCACUCGAAGGCUGAACUCGUACACAGGCAUUGUCUAUCUUCAGCGGCAAGUGAAAGAGCCUAAAGACUUUUUGUUAGAUGUUGAAAUGAAACUGUGGCGUCAGGGAACAUACACUACUUUCCUUGCCAAAAUCUACAUUUUCAUCACAGCUCAUGCCUACUGA